AUGUUACCAUUGGCAGCAAUUUUAUUAGGUAACGAUUAUGUUAAACGUGGAACAUUCACGAAGUUCUUUCGUCACAUGGACAUGAACAGAAUAUCAGGAAAAAGAUAUAGAGAGCGCAUGAUUGAAGCAACUUUUAUGUGGCUAAGCAAGUACAACUUGGAUACAGCUAUUACCAGGAUUUUAAUCACAUUACCCGAACCUUCGCGACGAAGCACAUUGGAUUUAAUAGAGGACAAUAUUAACAGUUAUAUAAAGACAUCAGCUGAAAUACUUACAUCAUUAAGAUUUCCAAGAGAUUACAUCACUUUUGUAAAGACGCUUCAUUUAAGCAGAAGUUUUAAAUUUCAUGGAGACAUUAGUGUUUUAAAAUGCACAAAACAAGCUUAUGAAGAAGAAGAGGACGAGAUCCGCAUGGAGGAAGAUUACGAUGUAUGUGAAGUAAUGAGCACAAUAAACGAAUCAUUGCCACAAAAUAAAGCCAUCGAUAAUUUGCCGGAAUGGUUCGUAAACGAAUAUCAUCUGGGCAAAUUUCCAUCGUAUUUCAUAGACUUAAUAGUUCACAGAUUGUAUAUAUGUCGUAUACAAAUUGAAAAUGAUGAUUAUCCUUCGAGCAGUGUAACAAGUUUAAAGAUCGUUAGCGUUAUUUUUGGAUUUCUAAAAUCAGCGAUAAAGGGCGAAGUACGUUACAUGAGAUACGUGAUCAGAGAUCAAAAUAGAAUUGUAAUACGUGAAUUACAAUGCAUAGAGACAGUAAACUGUUGUAAACUUCCAUCUUUAACCAAUCUUAGAAAAAUUCCAUUAAGUUUACGAAGGGAGAUCUUAAAUGAAACUUUGGGGAUUAACGAUGCAGAUGGUAUAAAGGAGCUUCCACCAGAGUGGAGGUUGUAUUUUGGAUGUAUUAAAUACUGGAUAAGGGAGCAAGAACCUUUUGUAUUCCAUAAAUCUAAUGUAUACGCUAUAUGCAUUGGUAUGAUAUUUCAUAUAAUAGAUUCUAAGAUCGGGUUAUACAGAAGAACCGACACUUUGGAAAAGAGAAAGGGUCAGGUAAUUGAAGCUAUAAAACAGAAAAGAGCGAAUGAUUAUCAGCCGUACUACACGACGAAUG